UGUCCAUUGUCCACUGAAUUAGUUUUUCUAAUUUAAUUUUAUGCCGGUGUUCUUGCCGAGCUCACUCAUGAUGGUUCUCUCUGCCCAAUGAUGUGGCAGGUACCAGUCCUCGGAUUUGGAGGCGUGUCAGGCUGCGUGUUUCUUAGCCAUGGUGGAGAUGAACCUGCGGAUUUCUGAUGGCGCCGAGAUGCGUCUUGUUGGAGCGCGGCAAAUUGGACAUUCCGCGUCGUCUCUCUCUCGAACUGCAGAGCAUUUAGAUUUGGAGAAGAACAUGCUGCCCGCUGGUUUAUGUUGAUCAUCCUUCUUAUCACAGACCUGGAAGUUUGUAUGGUGAUGAACAUGGUACUUUUGGUGGCAAUCAGGUACUCGUAGUAUUAAUGCUGAAGCUGGAACUAUGUUGCACAUACUGUGGCUCUUGUGUCAAUUGCUUGUUUCAUUUUGCAGUUUACAUUGACAUUACUCUGUCAUGCAGCAAGUGAGGCUCCUUUAGCUUUUCCACUAGGGAGCUAUACUUGGCAAUAAUUGUUUAUUUAUUGACAAUGAUUAACAUGCAAGUCUUCUGCCAGUGAAUGCUCUUAACCUUUCAAUUUCUGAUUUUUUUAAUUCCAUUUCUUAAUUUUCUCAUCUAAUCCUCUUGCAUCUGAUUUUGUGCUUGCUGCAGUAAUAUAGCUUCAUGCAAAUUAUUCAGCUUCUGAGGAUAUUAACUUUCAGUGACCCGCAUUAAACUUCUAUUUUGCCUGUGCAAAUAUUCCCUGAAAGCCUAAGAAAUUCCACCCAAAUUGAUUAGAGGAGAAGAACAAUAAAAAGAGUGUUUAAAAGAUUGCAUUUUUAGAUGUUUAUUUGGUAAGGUACAACAUGGAAAAGUAAUGGGUUUUCAGGAUUUAAGAAACAAUCUUGCAUAAAUUUGCCUUUUCAUGUGUACAUUUAAUAUAUCUUAAUCCGGGGGCAUUAUCCGAUGGUCUAUAAUAAACGUAUGAAGGCCUUUUCCUUUUAUUCUUUUUCCUGAAGUUCAAGAAACAUAAAUCCAAAAUCAUCAAUAUAUCUAUCUUACGAAUUUCUGAAGUCAUAUGAAGUAGUAACAAAUGAACUGGCUAAAAUGAUAAUCUUGGACAAGUAUGAUUUUUCUUGUGUGUAUAUUUUCUUUUUGUAUCCAUUACUGCAUCUUGUUUAUCUAAUGGCAAUAAUAGCCUUUUCUUAGUUCCAAAUUUUACAAAAUUACUCUAUAACUCUGUUGGAAACUCCUGUGUUUUUAAGCUAUUGUUCUUGCAAAUGCAUGGCUUGCCAUUUAGACUUUUGGGUGCAAAAUAUCAUCCACAUGGUGCUUACAAAGAUGCUCGCAGCAUUCUAGUUAUUCAUAAGCAUAUCAGGUAUAAGGGGACUUGAAAGGUUCCUUUCUAUUAUUGUGUUCAGUAAUACAGAAGUAUGUUGCAUGUUAAUCUCAAUUUUAUUUCCAUUUGUUUCUAUAUAUGGAUGGGUGUGGAGCCAGCAACAACAUAUUUUAACUUAGGAUUGCCAUCUCAGUGGUAUGGGCCAUUAGAAUGGACCUUCCCCCACUUGGCCAAGGAAGCAUGAUCUUGACACGGGUGCAACUGUCAACAUCUUGAAGGGUUCGAUUGUCACAGCUGAUCGUAUACUAACUGUUGGCCAGGUCACAAUUCUGCCAUUUUGGUUUUUAUUUCCUGAAAACCUUUUAAGGGAGGAAAAAUGGGAAAACUCUGCAUAUCUAUUUGGAAAUCCAUUUAGCAAAACAUGACACGGUUAUGCUUGAAAAAUAACUACUGCCGAAGGUGAACAAGGACUUCGUGAAUUAUUAAGGAGUCGUGAGAGUGCAUUGAAUGGAAUAACAAAUGGCAUGUUGCUGAUGUAUGGAAUCCAGCAACCGAUAAACACAUCCCAUUUAACUAUUCUGUUGAUCUCUCUAGGGAGGUGAUUUGGAUUCUUACAUUUAAGCAACUUAAUUGAAUAAUAUUAUUGGUUUUUUAUGUUAUAUAAAUAUAUCGUCACUAAUUGGACAUCUUUUUUCAAAAUCCGGAGUCUUUGCAAAGCAGCAUUGCAGAAGGAGCUUGGGCUUGCUGUCAGACUCAGAUAGUAUUCAUUGGAAGAUUAGACUACCAAAAGAGCAAAGAUGUAAUUAUCAACUAUGCUGGAGCUAUUGCAGGAUGAUGUCCAAUUUAGGGUGCCAGUUCAUCUUGUUGUCAAUAAGGUGUCUAGGAGGCUUCUUUCCUUUUAUGUUCUACUGAAUUUCCAUUCUUCUCUUUUUGUUGUACUUAAUAACUUUUCCAUAUGACAUUGAGUGAGGAAUGACGCCGUCAUCCUUGUAACUUUGCUUGUGACAAGGAAAAAGAAACGGCCAAUAGAUGCAAUCUAUUUUUGAAUGUCAUUAGAUGCUCAAUAUUAGGAAAAAAAAAAGUCAUUAUUUAUUAUUCUAACUUGAGAACUUUAUGUUUUGUUAAUCCUUCAAUUUUCCACUUUACAAAGGAUAUCUGAUUUUGUUUAUUGUAAGAGAGUUAAAUAUUUCAAAGCUCCAUGGCAUAAUGUGUGCAUUUUGUUGGGAGUUUCUUAUCCGAAGUAUGAAGUUAAUUUAUUUUACUAGUUAUCUUUUAUUGUAUAAUUUUCUAUUGUUAAAUUGCCCUUUAAGUUCAAUAUAUAAUACAUGGGAGCACUGUCUUUGAAUAUGAACCUCUCUUAUUAAUAUUAUUUAAUUUUGCCACUGUCUUGCAUGUUCAUGUGUCAAUUUAUUACUUGCAGACUCAUAUGAAGUUUAUUAGCAUCUAAUUUUUGCAUCUCUUGGCAUAGUAUAUAUCAUAAGUGAUACUUCCUCGCCAUUAUAGAUUAUAUGCUUUGAUCCGGAGAUCCAGGUACUGAGCAAUGGAUGAGAUGGGCUGAGUCCUCCUACAAAGAUAAAUUCCUUGGUUGGGUUGGAUUUAAUGAACCCUUUUCCCACCAUAUAACUGCGGGGUAGGUGUUUUCACCACUUUUGAAGGAGAGUGUGUUGGUGGCAUUGUGGACAGCUAUAAAUACAUAGGGAAGAUACAAGUCUUCGUAGGAAGGACUGAUGAAGCGAGGAAUGUUGAAAGAUUUUUCAUGGGGCAGUGCUGCCACAAAGUACAAACAGAUCAUGGAGUGGGCCUUGAUGGAUCCACUAUACAUCAGAUGAGAUGCUCCUCUCUAAUCUCCUGCAUUGAGCUCGAUAAUGGUGAUGAAAGGGAUGGAACACUGACGAAAGUGCGAUAUAAUGUUAUUUUUGUAACUGCUGAAGCGACACCGUACUCGAAAACAGGAGGUUUAGGUGAUGUUUGUGGUUCUUUGCCAAUCGCGUUUGCCACACGUGGACAUCGGGUGAUGGUUGUAUCUCCGCGAUACUUGAAUGGAAGUCAAGAUGAUAAAUAUGCAUGUGCAAGUGAUUUGGAGAAACACAUAAACUUAUCUUGCUUCCAAAGAGAACAAGAAGUGGUGUAUUUUCAUGAAUAUAGAGCAGGGGUUGAUUGGGUUUUUGUUGACCAUCCUUGUUAUCACAGACCGGGAAGUUUGUAUGGUGAUGAGCAUGGUGCUUUUGGUGACAAUCAAUUCAGAUUCACAGUACUUGCUCAUGCAGCAUGCGAGGCUCCUUUAGUUCUUCCACUAGGAGGUGUCACUUACGGCGAGAAAUGUUUGUUCCUUGUUAAUGAUUGGCAUGCAAGUCUUGUGCCACCGCUUUUAUCUGCAAAAUACCGUCCAAAUGGUGUCUAUAGAGAUGCUCGCAGUAUCCUUGUUAUUCAUAAUCUAGCACAUCAGGGUGUGGAGCCAGCAACAACAUAUGAAAACUUAGGAUUGCCACCUGAAUGGUAUGGAGCUAUGGAAUGGGUGUACCCAACGUGGGUGAGAAAACAUCCCUUUGACACUGGAGCAACUGUUAAUCUCUUAAAGGGUGCAAUUGUCACUGCCGAUCGUAUAUUGACUGUUAGUAAGGGUUAUGCUUGGGAAAUAACUACCCCUGAAGGCGGAAAGGGUCUCGAUGAUCUAUUAAGCAGUCGCAAUUAUGUUUUAGAUGGAAUAGCAAAUGGAAUUGAUGUUGAUAUUUGGAACCCUGUAUCAGAUAAACUUAUUCCGUUUAACUAUUCGGUUGAUGAUUUAUAUGGAAAGAGCCUUUGCAAAGAAGCAUUACAAAAGAACCUUGGCCUUGCUGUCAGGCCUCAAUGCCCAUUGAUUGCAUUCGUUGGAAGACUAGACUACCAAAAGGGCACUGAUCUAAUUUUGUCAGCUAUGCCUGAGAUCUUGCAGGAUGAUGUCCAAUUUGUUAUGCUUGGAUCAGGAGAUCCAGUUACUGAGAGCUGGAUGAGACAGACUGAGUCUUUGUACGGUGAUGACUUCCGGGGGUGCGUUGGAUACACUGAGCCUAUGGCUCACCAAAUUACUGCCGGGUGUGACAUAUUUUUGAUGCCGUCAAGAUUUGAACCAUGUGGUUUGAACCAAUUAUAUGCAAUGAGAUAUGGAAGUGUUCCAGUUGUUCAUCACACUGGUGGCCUUAGAGAUACUGUUGAAAGUUUUGAUCAUUUUACCGAUGAAGAUGAGCGCGGCACUGGUUGGCCAUUUUCACCGUAUUCAAAGGAGAGUAUGUUGGCGGCAUUGAGGACAGCAAUAAAAACAUAUAGAGAGCACAAGUCUACUUGGAAAGGACUGAUGAAGAGAGGAAUGUCAAAAGAUUUUACAUGGGAUAGUGCUGCUGUUCAGUAUGAGCAGAUCAUGGAAUGGGCUUUUAUUGAUUUACCAUAUGCUGGAUGAAAUGCUGUUUUGUAAACUACCAACUUGAGCUCCCAAUCAUUCAUUCAUUCUUGUUUUUCCCCCCUUGA